AUGGUCCUCAGCCUGUCUGGCUGCUUAGGUCUGUGCACCCAGUUUGGCUCUGUCAUAGCAAGGCGCCGAUGGGCUGUGCCCCUCGAGGAACCCACCUGUCGUGUAAGUGCCUCUGCCAUGAUCAGAGAUACCAGUGAAGAAGGAAAAGAAGCGCAUCUGUGUCAGGCCACCGCCCUGCGGAACUGCCUCCCACUUCCAGGGAUCAGCAUCCUCGAUAAACUCAUCAAGACCUGUCCUGUCUGGCUUCAGCUGAACAUGAACCGGGAAAGGGCUGGGACUAUUCUUGGCAAAGAAACGGCAGGGAUAUUCUUGGUUAGGAAGGAGGGUAGUGUGAACAACAUGGUCCUUGCAGUUCGCCUGCCAGUGCAGGAAGAGGCUCCUGGUGUGCUGGAGUACAACAUUAAAGAAGAAAAAUCAAUCCUGUACCUGGAAGGAUCUGUCCUUGUAUUUGAGGAUGUCUUCAAACUGGUUGCCUUCUACUGUGUCAGUAGGGAUUUGCUGCCCUUCACCCUGAAGCUGCCACAAGCAAUAUUAGAAGCCAGUAGCUUUCAAGACCUUGAAAUUAUCUCUAGUCUGGGAAUAGAUUUCUGGGAUUCCUCCUUAAACCACAGAAGAAGAGGAGAGGAGUUAUCCCACUCUGCAAAAGACUCUGCUUUCAGCACUGCCCAGGCAGACAGUUUAAAGUCUACCCAGAGUUUUGCAAGUAGCACAAACCACUGCUCAUGUGAAAUUGAGCUGUCAAUAGGAAAUGACAGGCUGUGGUUCGUGAAUCCUAUUUUUAUAGAAGAGUGCAGUAAUCCUUUUCCUCCAGAUGUACCUCCUUCUCAAAGCCCUGCUGUGAGCGCCGAUCUUCCCCCUGCCACCACGCUUACUGAGAGGAGGUCUCCCCGUCGCCCCCCUCCACCUCCACCUUCUCAUGCUUUCGUUCAGAAAUCUCCUCUGAAGCUCCCGCGGGAUCCCAUGACUGCCUGUGACAACGAGCUGCUUCUAGGAAAGAGCAUCAAGGAAAUGAAAAUUGAGGGCGGUGACAAUAAGGAAGGGAAGCAGAGCUGCUCAGCCGGUGAGCCCUCUGCAGUGAGCCCUAAGAAGGGCUCCCAGCCCUCUGUCCCCCCGCGGAGGCGGCUGUGCGAGAGGAGCUCGGAGGAGAGCUGUGUGGGUAAGCGUGGAAGUUGUGAAACGCUGAAAGGGGAACGGACAGAAGAAAACCAAGACAAAAGUGCAGAGAGCAGAGAUAAAAGGUCGCUGUGCAAAAAGGCGGUAGAAAUGCCCGGGGAGGUUCCCGAAAGGGCUGUAUCACAGUUUCAGGAGGCAAAGCCCGAACCUGCAGAGAAGAAGGAGGACAUGCCUGAGAUACAACGCAAUGCCCCUGAGAAAGGAAAGUCACCUCCUAUCCCACCACCGAGAAGAAAGAGGCUUUCCCAGGUGCCAAGGAUCCCCAGUGCCUGCCAGUCAAAGCAAAGAACAGCGGCAGAGCUGGGCACAGCCCCAGCACAGGCUUCGGGCAAGAGCAGUUCACCUGCAGUGGCAGAUGGUGCCACCUGCACACACACCAAGACUGAACCGGGACAUGGCCGCAAAUCCGUCAGCUCAGCUGAACUGAAAGGUUCACACUCCUCCCUGGAGGGCCUGGGGGGCAACGCCGUGGCUCAGGCGUUGGUGUCCGAGCCAGACUCCUACUCCACCAGCAGCACAGAGGAUGACCUGGAGGUGCUGAGCAGCUCGUCUGGUAAAAAGACACGCUCCGCGAUCCUCGACAAAGCCAAGAACAGACUGUCCUUUGUGAGCCUCUCCAAUGUCUUCACAGUCUUUUUGUCUAGUGACAGGAAGCUGCAGAAGAAGAUAGUGGAGCUGGCACAGGACAAGGACUCAUACUUUGGCAACCUGGUGCGGGACUACAGAGUGUACAGUUUAGAGAUGAUGGCCAAGCAGAGCUCUAGCACAGAGAUGCUACAAGAAAUACGGAUGAUGAUGACGCAGCUGAAGAGUUACUUAGUACAGAGCACGGAGUUGAAAUCUCUGAUCGAUCCAGCCUCCUACACCGAGGAACAGUUAGAAGUGAUUGCUGAGACGGCUUUGUACAAAUGUGUCCUGAAACCUUUAAAAGAAGCCAUUGACUCUUACUUAAAAGAAAUCCACAACAAAGAUGGAUCAUUACAGCAGCUAAAAGAGAACCAACUUGUGAUACAAAACACAACUACCACUGACCUGGGUGUCACAACUAGUGUGCCUGAAACCGUUGUGCUGGAAAAGAUUCUGCAUAAGUUCACAACCAUGCACAAAGCCUACUCCCCAGAAAAGAAGAUUGCUGUCUUGCUGAAGUCUUGCAAACUCAUCUAUGACUCCAUGACUCAGGGAAACCCAGGGAAACCGUAUGGUGCAGAUGACUUCCUCCCUGUGCUCAUGUAUGUGUUGGCCCGCAGCAACUUGACUGAAGUCCUUCUAAAUGUGGAGUAUAUGAUGGAGCUCAUGGACCCUGCUCUGCAGCUAGGCGAAGGCUCUUAUUAUUUAACCACCACCUAUGGGGCCCUGGAGCACAUCAAGAACUACGACAAAAUCACUGUCACACGGCAGCUGAGCGUGGAGGUGCAGGACUCCAUCCACCGCUGGGAGCGGCGGAGGACGCUGAACAAGGCCCGGGCCUCCCGCUCCUCGGUGCAGGAUUUUAUCUCUGUCUCCUUUCUGGAAAUUGGUGCUCAGUCAAGGACACUUGCUUCCCGGAAUGACACCACAGCUGAGAAACUGAGGCAGCAGUGUGCUGAAAAGUUUGAAGUCUCCCAUCCCAAUGACUACAGACUCUUUGUUUAUGUUGACGACCAGUGGCUGCAGCUGGAUGAAGAUGCCCUUCCUCACCAUAUCAAAGCUUCCCUGUUGAAGAGUGAAACCAAGAAAGAUUUCCACUUUGUUUAUAAACCAAUAGACCAUAAAGUGCCACCAGUUCCAAUUGUCAGAGAGUCAGACUUUCCCUAA